GGAAAAAGGAGCUCUUCUGCACUUUAGCAUGACAUAACUCAAUUGCAGCUCACUCCUCCCAGCAUUGCUGUAGACAGAUCCGCACCUGGGCUCCUCAGCCAGGCCAGUACAGCCACGAGGCAGUGCGUGAAACAGAGAACUUUCUGAUUACGUUUACAUUGGAGCCUGUACUUCCUAGAGCUGCAUCAUGGCGGAGAUGACCGCAGAGCAAGGCACAAAGACAUUAUGGAUGGGAGACCUCGCCUACUGGAUGGACGAGUCCUUCAUUUACAGUAUCUUUGUUGGCACUGGUAACCUGGUGAGCGUCAAAAUCAUCAGGAACAAGAAUACAGCAGUGUCAGAGGGGUACGGAUUUGUGGAAUUCGCGACGCACGAGGCCGCAGAGCAAGUCCUGCGCACAUUCAACGGCUGCCCCAUUCCCAACACCGACCAGAUUUUCCGCUUGAACUGGGCAGCCUUCGGAGUCGGCAAAGUUACAACCGACUCUGACUACUCCGUCUUCGUUGGCGACCUGGCCCCAGAUGUGACGGAUUACGCUCUCCAAGAACACUUCAGGCAGUUCUUUGCCUCUGUGCGCAGCGCAAAGGUGAUCACAGACCCCUUGACAGGGCGUUCGAAGGGAUACGGAUUCGUGCGCUUCGGCAAUGAGGCGGAGAGGGAUCGCUCGCUGACUGAGAUGUCUGGCCACGUCAUCAACAGCCGCCCCAUCCGCGUCUCCAUCGCCACCGCCAAGAAGAGCCAGACCGCCACCAUGCUACCAAAACAGUGUCAGAAUUUUGAUUUCGAAAAUUUUCGUUUGCGCGUGCAGGGUGCCCCGGCGCCGGUGGCAUCGCAGCCGCACCCGUCGGACUACGACCCGAACAACACCACGCUCUUCAUCGGCGGGCUCUCAUCGGGAGUCUCCGAGGACGAUUUGCGCGUGCUAUUCGGCCGCUUUGGAGACAUCGUGUAUACCAAGAUCCCGCCCGGCAAGGGCUGCGGCUUCGUGCAGUUCGUGCAGCGGCCCGCCGCCGAGUCCGCCAUGGCGCAGAUGCAGGCGCGCUGCAGCCCUUCCCUUUUUGGUCAAAUCCUGGGCGGGUCGACCAUCCGCAUCUCCUGGGGCCGCUCCAGCACUUCGCGUGCCGCCGUCAAUGCGGCAGCCGCCGCAGCCGCGCCCUACCCGGGGACGUUCCCUGCGGCCGGCGGCUACGGCGCAGCCGGCGCGGCCACGUACGGUGAGGCGCCACUGCAUGGCUUUGGGACGGGCGGCCUCGGCGGCUUGCCAGGGGCGGGAUUCGGCGCGGGCGGCAUGGGCCUGUCAUCCAAGGAGAAUGCUUUUGACCCUCUGGCACCCAUCGACGUGGAGAAGCUCAACGCCGCCUUCAUCAGCCGCCACCAGGCCGCGCUGCUGGGCAGCCACCUCAGAGCUUAG